GGUUAUGAACUACUGGGACAUCGGGAAAGAGCGAGUACGAAAUUGUGGUAGAGGUAAACAGCAGAAGUUAUCGAGAGAUCUCCAACCGAUGAGACGAUGAUGCUUUGCUGAAGUAUGUAGACAUUAGAUUCGUUUAAUCGACGCGAGCAUAAAUACAUCCUGGAAUGAAACAAUGGCCUUUUGAUGUGGUAAGAAUCGAGUCACAGGUUUUGUUCAGCAUUCCUCCCCGGCCGACGCGCUGGGGGAACAACGCGACCGAGUAAUGCUUUCACUUUUCUUACGAGAAGAUGGAUGAAAAAUCCUACUACAGUCGGCUCUUCAUUGCACUGGUGAUGGUGUUAUUGUUCGGCGUGAUUGUGUUACAAUAUGUUUGUCCUACGUCCGAUUGCCAGCUGCUACACCUGGCAUCAUUGUCCUCCAGACUGGGGAGUCGAACUCCGGGGAAUCACAACGGAGCCAGUGCGGGAGAUCCGUACAGUUCAGAAGACGGCGCAUUGGCUCGAUUCGUGCCGCGUUUUAAUUUCACAACUAAAGACCUUUAUCGCGUUGUAGACUUCAACAUUAAGGGGGAUGACGUUAUAGUGUUCCUUCAUAUUCAGAAGACCGGUGGGACGACGUUCGGCCGUCACCUGGUCCGCAACAUUCAACUAGAGAGGCCGUGCGAGUGUCACGCGGGCCAGAAGAAAUGUAUGUGUUACCGGCCAGGUAAACGGGACACUUGGUUGUUCUCGCGCUUCUCCACCGGCUGGAGCUGCGGUCUGCACGCGGACUGGACGGAGCUCACCAACUGCGUGCCUUCCUUCAUGAGCUUUCGAGAGUCUCAGGAGAAGCACAAAACUCCCAGCAGGAACUACUAUUACAUCACAAUCUUAAGGGAUCCGGUUUGGAGAUACCUCAGUGAGUGGAGACACGUUCAGCGUGGUGCCACCUGGAAAGCCUCUAAACACAUGUGCGAUGGCCGUUUACCUACCUUGAAUGAGCUGCCCAGCUGUUAUUCUGGUGACGAUUGGUCAGGUUGCACGUUGGAGGAAUUCAUGGCAUGUCCUUAUAACCUUGCCAACAACAGACAGACCCGUAUGCUGGCAGACCUCAGCCUGGUGGGUUGUUAUAACCUCUCAAUAAUGAGUGAGAGCCAACGUUGGGCUCUACUGCUGGAAAGUGCCAAGCGCAACUUGCGAAACAUGGCCUUUUUCGGCCUGACCGAAUAUCAGCGUAAGACGCAGUACCUCUUCGAACAAACUUUUCGCCUGUCUUUCAUCGCACCAUUUACGCAGCUCAAUGGCACUCGAGCUACGAGUGUAGAGGUGGAACCGGAGACCCAGCAGAGGAUUCGGGAACUGAACCAGUGGGAUGUGGAGCUGUACGAGUACGCACGUGACCUCUUCCUCCAGCGCUUUCAGUAUGCGAGACAGCAGGAGCGCAGAGAGGCUCGCCAGCGACGUAUGCAGGAGAGGCGCAAGUUGCGUGCCAAAGUGAGGCCAUGGUGGGUGGGAACUGGAAAAGGUGUUUUUAACCCCACCAAGGCGCCGCAGCCGACUGAACAAUAUUCUGUUAAGAGUUUUUCAGAGGAAAAACAAAUAGAGACAGAAAAUAAACUGGAGCGUGAGCCUGAAGGGCAGGUAGAGGACACCUGGUUAGAGGAAGAUGACAGUCAAACCAUGCUGGACUAUUUAGAAAACGUUGAACAGUGGCGGUAGCUAAUAGGUAUUUGGGGUUAGGGUUGAUAUUACAAUACUUAAUGGAAAAUUGUGAUUCCAGUUUACUACUAAUCCUUUAAGCUUCAAUCACUGCUAAUAUGGAAAUAUUAGCACAUACGGGUUAUUAAUUGCAUUUCUUACUGUUUUUCGUAGUCGCAGGUGUUCUGUGAAAUUCACAGCCAAAAUGUCUUACUCAAAACACCACUUUCAAAUAUCAGAUUUUGAAUCAUUGUCUUGAAGCAUGGCUUGUCUUGUGAACUGAAGAAAUACACACAGCCCACCUGAGGAGGGUCUAUACAUUUCAUGCUGCAUCAGGGAAGCUUUUAUUUUAAUUGAUGCACUGCAAAUCAUUAUGGAUGAAACGUAUGUGCUAAAUAUGAAAGCCUUAGCUUGCUAUUAAAA